AUGAAAAACAGAACAGUCAUUCUAUUGGUACUAAUCUGUAGUGCAGUUACAGUGUUAGGAGAGCCAGUCGUAGUGUCAUAAUCAUUCACCGGAAAUGCCUUCAAUGAUGCUGAUGGUUGGGUCGUUGCUGGUGGACCAGCUCAUGUUACUGAAUGCAGUGGCACAAAAAUGUUUGGAGGUUUCGGAAAAUUUGGUGCCAGAGCAGUUGCAAGCAAAUUAUUUGAGUUGCCACCACAUUCUUCAAUAAACUUGAAGGUUUAAUUUUGGAAAAUUGACUCAUGGGAUAAUGAAGAAGGAUACAUCUUUGUUGAUGAUUAACUUGUGUGGUCCAGAAAGUUCUAAUACAAUGAAGGUGAUGGAUAAAAGUGUGGAUAAGGUGGAGACUGGAAAGAAAUGACUCUUAAUCUUAACCUAAAUAUCAAACACACAGGUGCAACUGCAGUUGUUGUGUUUACAUCAAAUUUGAAUGAAGCCGCAGAUAAUGAAUCUUGGGCCAUCAGAGAUUUUGUUUUGGCUGUUGAAAGAUGUCCAGAGGGUUGCUCUGCUUGUUAGGUUGAUGAUAAAGCCGAAAAUUGCUAAUUCUGGUAGUCAUUCGCCAAUAGUUGGGGAUCUUUAGAUUCAAACUAAUUAGGUGCUGAUGGCUGGGAUGUUGCUGGUGGAUAAAAUGCUGCUACUAAUUGUGGAGGUGUUGCCUUAUUUGGUGGUUUUGAUAAGACUGGUUCUAAAGCUGUAAUUAGUAAGGUCUUAAAAAUUAAACCUCAUUACAAGUUGAAGAUUAAAGUGCUUUGGGCUAAAAUUGACUCUUGGGACAAUGAAGCUGCUUAAAUCAAAAUUGAUGGAAAGUUAGUUUGGGAAAGAAGAUUCUAAUGGCAUGAGGGUUACUUUGGCAAGAUCUGUGGAUGCCCUGUCUUUGAAUGGAAAUCAAUGUUUGCUAGAACCGAAGUUGACAUUGAUCAUACCGGUGAAUAAGCUAAAGUUGAAUUCACCACAACUUUAGAUGAAGCUGCAAACAAUGAAUCAUUUGGUUUGAGAGAUUUAUACAUUUUCUAUGCAUCCUGCUCUGAAAAUUGUGAUGAAUGCACAGGACCUAAAGAUUCUGAUUGCAAAAAAUGUGCCAAUAAUUGGGCUUUGGUUGGAGGAAAAUGCUAAGCUUUACCAAACUUCAUUCUCUUGGAACAAUCCUUUUUGGAAGAUAAAUUCACAGGAAUUAACGGAUGGGUUCUUAAUAAAAACAAAGGAGGAAGAUAAAUUAACGAAUGCAGUGGCAAAUCAAUGGUCGGAGGUUUUGAUAUUAUGGGUGUUGGUGCUAGUGCAACCAAGACUUUUGAUGUCCCACCACACAAAAGACUUAGACUCUAAUCCACAAUCUACAAAAUCGACUCUUGGGAUGGAGAAUUCAUGAUUAUCAAGGUUGAUGGAACUGAGGUAUGGAAGACUUCAUGGAAUCUCUAAACCGGAGGUGCUAACUUCUGUGGAUAAGGAGUUUGGUUUGAUGGUAUUACAGGAGUAGAUUAAAUCUUUAAUCACUAAGCUCCAAAAGCUGAAAUUGUAUUCACAUCCACUUUGGAUUAAGAUGCUGCUGAUGAAUCUUGGGGUUUCAGAGAUUUCAAGUUAUGGUAUGAACCAAAAGAAGCCUGUGCAGUUUUCUAUAGUGAAUGCGAUUACAAGGGAGCCUCAUUCGAAUUCUGCUCUAAAUCUCCUGAUUUCUAAAAGGACAACAUUCCACCAUAAAUUAGAUCCAUCAGAGUACCACCAUAAGGAAGAGUGACCUUAUAUGAAAGCACUGAUUACAAUGGAAAGAAGGUUACUUACACCUAGGAUCAACCUUGCAUUCAAAACUUUGAUUUUUCAUUGAUUUAAAUGAGUGCAAACGUUGAAGGAGGCUGGAUUGAAGUCGAACAAUGAUUCAUAUACAUAUACAUAGAACAAAAAUAUAAAAUAUCCAUUAAUAAUA